AUGGUCGGGCAGGUAUGCAAAGGCCUUGCAUCCAGAACAUGGGUUUUUAGGCGAUUCGCCAGCCACGCGUCAGAUCAGGAACCUAUAUUUGACCAUGCAUGGCCAAAAAACAGCAAUCCUACUCCUUACGAGGUGUUUGGCAUUCCCCCAGGCCAAGUCGACGGCCGGAGUUUGAAAAAAAAGUACCACGCUAUGGCCAAAAUGUACCACCCGGACAUCGCGAGCGGAAUACGAGUGCUGAAGAGCAAGUCCUCGCACCAUGACUUUCAGAUUGAUGAAUCCGCAGUUCUCUCAAUUCAAGACAAAAUGCAUCGCUUCCGUAUCAUGAGCGAGGCGUACGAGCUGCUGGGCGACUCUCGCAAAAAAAGUGCAUACGACCGCUUCCGCUCCGGCUGGAGCUAUGCUCCUACAGCGGGCUCAGGUGCUUCAUAUGCUACCGCCGCGGCUACCUCCCAUGGGUACCACAACAACGGCAACUACGAGUACUGGAACGCAGGAACCUGGGAAGACAUUCACAAUCUGAACCGCGAUAGUCCUGAAAAAAAGAUCUCUGGAUGGGUAAUUACUGGGUGGGUCGUUGGGCUCUUUGUAUGCGUCCAGUGCACAGCGCUUCUCACCCGAAUCGAAGACUCGCUCACCAAGUCAAACCUCACUCACGAUGACACCGAGCGAGAACUCAACAUGGCGUAUUUAAAUUACGGACUCGACACAGACAAGUGGUCUCGUUUAAGAAGAUUCCUCUGGUUCAGAACGUAUGGCCUAUACCGCGAUAAGUCCGACCUUGACAGAGAAGCCAAAAAGAACGAACGCAUAGUGCAAGACCUUAAGACAAAGGAACUGCAGGCCGGAGGCGCCAAACAUUGA